AUGAAUAAUUGUUCGAGAAUCGUCUUUCCAACUUGGAAAGAUUUGGUCGACUCUGAUGAUACUGAGGUUGAAUCUCAGUCGUCACAAAAAUUACAGAAGAAUGCUUUAAAAAAUGUAUCAAGACAAGUAAUGUUACAAAGUACAGAGAGAACGAAAGCUUUGUUCAGACAUAGACAAUUUAUGGAUCAACGAUCAAAAUUAACAUUAGAUAACACGAAUGAUAACAGUAAAGAAAGUACAAUCAGCAAGCUUGGUAAUGUGUCUGUCAUUGUAGACAAAUUGCCUGAUCAUGUUUUAACCAGCAAUCGUAAAAGAUUAGCCGAAGAAUUUGAGGAUAGUGAAACUUCUGGUGACAAAUGUAAAGGAAAAACACCUCCUAAAAAACCAGAGAUAGCAUUGCAACAGAGCAAAGAGAAUAAAAAAAGCAAUGACAAAUCGCAACCAAAAAAUACUGAGAAUGAAAAUGAAAGUUUAAAUAGUGACAAUUGUAACGAGCAAUUUGUAAAUCACAACAAUAGUCAAGCUUUGAGGAUUGGAAAUAAAUUGAUCGCAAACACCAAUAAAAAUAAAGGAAAUAAAAAUGAUGCGCCUAACGAAAGCAACAGUCAAGAGAUUCCACCUGUCAACGAUAAUGAACAAAAUAUUAGGCCUAAUUGUCAUGAAAAUGAAAAUGCAGAAAAUAAUGAGCAACACGGGAAUAAUAGUCCACAUCAAGUGCCUGGUAUUGAAAAUCUUGAUGACCAUAUUGGUAACAAUGAACAACGUAAUGCAAAUGCAGAUGAGGGCAUCAAUGAUGGUAUUGACGGAGAUCCUGGUACGGAUUCAGCUGGCGGUAUUGAUGAGUCGUCUACUGAUUCGGAUGAAUGUUCUGAAGACGAAAAUUAUACCUUUGAUGAAAUGAUUAAUGAUCAUGAAUGGGGCCACAUUAGAAAAUACAAAUACAAGUUAUUUAAAUAUUUGCGAAGACUACCACCAAGGCCUGUUGUUGACGACGAAUCUUAUUCAUAA